AAGUAUUUUUCUUCUUAUUAUAUCCGUUUGGGAAUCUGCACUUCUGUCAUUGUCACUGAAAUGCGGAUUUAUUGUAUUUACUGGGAAAUCGCAGCAGUAGACGGAAAACAGAUUUAUAUGCCAGUUUGGCUUGGCUUAAGCUUGGCAUCAGAAUGCUUUUGGCCAAGAGUUUUGUGUGCCUUACCCUUUUUGUGUUGGCCAAGGCCCAGUUCAACCCAAAUUAUGUGGCAGGCCGCAGCGGCAUAGUCCAUCUUUUUGAAUGGAAAUGGAAUGACAUUGCCACAGAGUGUGAAAACUUUCUGGCACCGAAGGGAUACGCAGGUGUCCAGGUCUCGCCGGUUAAUGAAAAUGCUGUGAAAGAGAGACGUCCCUGGUGGGAGCGUUACCAACCCAUAUCCUACCAGUUGAUGACUCGUUCUGGUAAUGAAGAGCAGUUUGCCAGGAUGGUCCGGCGAUGUAAUAAUGUCGGAGUUCGCAUCUACGUGGAUGUGGUUUUUAAUCACAUGGCAGCCGAUGGUGGGACUGUUGGCACAGGAGGAAGUAUUGCAAAUCCCAGCGUCAAAAGUUAUCCUGCAGUUCCGUAUUCCAACCCGGACUUUCAUCCUACCUGUGCCAUUAACAAUUACAAUGAUGCCGCCCAGGUGCGCAACUGCGAGCUGGUUGGCUUGCAUGACUUGAACCAAGGGAACUCGUAUGUCCGGGAUAAAGUUGUCCUGUUUUUGAACCAUUUGAUUGACCUUGGUGUGGCUGGAUUCCGGGUGGAUGCCGCCAAGCACAUGUGGCCCGCUGACCUUGGUGUGAUCUACAGUCGCCUUAAGAAUCUCAAUCCAUCACAUGGUUUUGUCCAGGGUUCUAAAGCUUUCAUUAUCCAGGAAGUUAUUGAUAUGGGCGGUGAGGCUAUCAGUAAGUUCGAAUACACUAGCCUGGGCUUGGUCACUGAGUUCCGGCACUCCAACUCCAUUGGGAAGGUAUUUGGUGGCAAAGACCAGCUGAGAUGGUUGACCAACUGGGGCACUGAAUGGGCUUUUGCUCCCUCGAACUGCUCCUUGGUAUUUGUAGACAACCAUGAUAACCAACGUGGACACGGACCAGGUGGUGAAGAUGUGCUCACCUAUAAGCUAUCCAAGCAGUACAAGAUGGCAAAUGCCUUCAUGCUGGCCCACCCUUUCGGCACUCCUCGCAUCAUGUCUUCCUUUGCCUUCGAAAAUACGGAUCAGGGUCCACCCACUGUCGAUGGUCAGACCAUUGCCAGUCCCACUUUUAACAGUGACGACUCGUGCGGAGGCGGUUGGAUUUGCGAGCACCGCUGGCGCCAGAUCUAUAACAUGGUGGCCUUCCGAAACUCCGUUGGAUUGGAUCCUGUCCAGAACUGGUGGGAUAACGGCAACAAUCAGAUUGCCUUUAGCAGGGGAAACAAGGGCUUUGUGGCAUUCAACAACGACAACUCCGACCUGAACCAAUCUUUGAAGACAGAACUUCCUAAGGGUUCCUACUGUGAUGUAAUCUCCGGCGCAAAGAAGGGAUCUGUCUGCACUGGCAAGACUGUAGUCAUCGAAUCUAAUGGAAUGGCCAGAAUUAAUAUAAAUCGAUCGGAGUACGAUGGGGUCCUCGCUAUUCAUAUUAAUGCUAAGUUGUAGAGUCGAAAAAAUUAUGUAUCAUUAUAUUCCUAAUAAAAUUCUAAAAAAAAGAGGCACA